CCUUCGUCGCCGUGGUUGGUGGCACCGGCGCCCUAUUUCACCUUCCCUUCCUCCCACCAACCACGACGAAUCACCAGAGCAGAUCGCCACCAAAUCCCCCGACGCCUCCAACCCCUCCUCCCCACCAACCCCCGCGGCAAUGGCGAUGGCGGGAGCGACGACCAUGGCGUCCAAGGCUGCGGCGGCGGUGUCGCUCGACCGCGCCGCCGGCCCGACGGCCUCAUCCAACUUAUCACGCCGCCUGAGGAUGCCCGCGCGGUCCGCCAGGGGGCUGCGCCUGCGGGGGCGCGGCGGGGUGGUGCUCGCGGCGUCCGUGGCGGCGCCCGCGGCGCCGGCGGGCGCGGAGGAGGUCGUGCUGCAGCCCAUCCGGGAGAUCUCCGGCGCCGUGCAGCUGCCCGGGUCCAAGUCGCUCUCCAACCGAAUCCUCCUGCUCUCCGCCUUGUCCGAGGGAACAACAGUGGUGGAUAACCUGUUGAACAGUGAGGAUGUCCACUACAUGCUUGAGGCCCUUAAGGCCCUCGGGCUCUCCGUGGAAGCAGAUAAAGUUGCAAAACGAGCUGUAGUUGUUGGCUGCAGCGGCAAGUUUCCGGUUGAAAAAGAUGCAAAAGAGGAAGUACAACUCUUCUUGGGGAACGCUGGAACUGCAAUGCGGCCAUUGACGGCAGCUGUAACUGCUGCUGGUGGAAAUGCAACUUAUGUGCUUGAUGGAGUACCAAGAAUGAGGGAGCGACCCAUUAAUGACUUGGUUGUUGGUUUGAAACAACUUGGUGCUGAUGUUGAUUGUUUCCUUGGCACUAAGUGCCCACCUGUUCGUAUCAACGGAAUUGGAGGACUACCUGGUGGCAAGGUUCAGCUCUCUGGCUCCAUCAGCAGCCAAUACUUGAGUUCCUUGCUGAUGGCUGCUCCUUUGGCUCUUGGGGACGUGGAGAUUGAAAUCAUUGAUAAACUAAUCUCAGUUCCUUACGUUGAAAUGACAUUGAGACUGAUGGAGCGCUUUGGUGUCACGGCAGAGCAUUCUGAUAGUUGGGAUAGAUUCUACAUUAAGGGAGGUCAAAAGUACAAGUCCCCUGGAAAUGCCUAUGUUGAAGGUGAUGCCUCAAGUGCGAGCUAUUUCUUGGCUGGUGCUGCAAUCACUGGAGGGACUGUGACUGUUGAAGGUUGUGGCACCACCAGUUUGCAGGGUGAUGUGAAAUUCGCUGAGGUACUUGAGAUGAUGGGAGCGAAGGUUACAUGGACUGACACUAGUGUAACUGUUACCGGGCCACCGCGUCAGCCCUUUGGAAGGAAACACCUUAAAGCUGUUGAUGUCAACAUGAACAAAAUGCCUGAUGUCGCCAUGACUCUUGCCGUUGUUGCCCUCUUUGCUGAUGGUCCAACUGCUAUCAGAGACGUUGCGUCCUGGAGAGUGAAGGAAACCGAGAGGAUGGUGGCAAUUCGGACCGAGCUGACAAAGCUGGGAGCACAUGUCGAAGAAGGGUCUGACUACUGCAUCAUCACACCACCGGAGAAGCUGAACGUCACGUCGAUCGACACCUAUGAUGACCACCGGAUGGCGAUGGCCUUCUCCCUGGCCGCCUGCGCCGAGGUGCCAGUCACGAUCAGAGACCCCGGGUGCACCCGCAAGACCUUCCCCAACUACUUCGACGUGCUAAGCACUUUCGUGAAGAACUAGAUAGGUCAAGAUGCUAUAAUAAGUUGCGUUUGUACUUCGUAGUCUGUCCCUGGGCUGAGGAAAAUUUUACUCUUUCAUCUUCACGCGAGAAGAUCUACGAGUCUGUGUAAUAUUAGUUUGUAGCAUGGCAUAUGGUUUUUGAGAUAAAAAUGAGUUGUAUUUCAUACUAAUUUGUUUUGAAUAAGCAAUAAGUUACCUGGCAAUUGUGAUAUU